AAACCACAGUGUGUGAGAUCGUGUUGGAUUCCUUGUUUGGUCUUGAACACUUUCAGAGACACAGAACUUCACAGGGAAAAAAUCUGGUGCUAAAACUGAUCUGUGUGCUAGAAUUCUGUGUGGUGACAACCGCAGAUACCUGCUGCCCUUGUACACAUGUUCUAAAGUCAGGAUUAUUUGUGCUCCCAUUCACCUGGCCCCGUGCUUGGAGGGGCUCUGAGUGAAUGUCCUUGUUUCCUAGAGGAGCUGGAAACCCCCUUUCACCAUAAAGCCUUGUGUAGUGUUGAGUGUUUGGGUUCUGGGAGAAGAGUGAUCUGGCAGAAAAUGUGUCAAAAGCUCCUGAAAAACUUGGCCUCAGCUGACUUUGUCAGUAGUCAGGUUAAAACAGGGAAAUAAAUGGGUAAGUUUAUUGAGGGGGUUUUUCAUCUCUUCAUUUCCUUUUUGUAGGGAGCUUUUCCCUGAAGGAAUUCGUUAAAACUCAAAAAUCCCAGCAAAGCACACACACGAAUAAACUCGUCCCAUGUGCUGGGAUGUGAUUUACCCAGUCCAUAAACCCAGGUGGGCAGACUGGGGGGUGCCUGCAAUCCCGUUUCUCAGUGGGGUUAUAAGAAACACGGUUUUCUACACUUUUCAGUGCAUCAGUUCACCAAAGUGGUGUUCUUUAGAGGCAAGAACCUUACUUCAAGCCAACCUAAGCUGAAGCUGCCUUACUUUAUUUAGAUUAACAGUUCCAGAGAAUGCAGGUGUCUUUCAUGGUUUCCUGUUUUUUGUCAAUUUAAAUAAAAAGUGAAGUUACUCAACUUCCACAAUUGUGUAAGCUCACAUCUGAUUGACAUUUGAGCUGUUAACUGGUGUGACAGAUUCUUCUCACAAAGCAAGUGGUUGAACUGGUGUGCUGACGCUUGGGGAGUUUUCCAGCAGCGCUUCAUGGUGGGAGUUUCUCUUCCUGUCAGUUAAUGCUCUGGGAGAAUGGGAGGCUCUUCCUCCAAACCGGCUCCAGUUGCACCAGAACCCAUUUCCACUACUACCACUGUCCCUACCACCAUCCACACCACUGCCCACACCCCUGCAGGUGAUCUCAGAGCUGCGGAAGUCAGAUGCUGGAUUAACACCAGCCAUGAAAUACUGUUCAUGGCACUGGCCUUCCUCUCUGGCAUCCUCCUGACUGUCCUGGUUUUUGCAAUCAUCUCCCUCUUCAGGAAAACUUGUAAAAGACCCCACCAAAAUUUACAAGAGGAAGUUUUCUCCCAGAUGGCAGCCGAGGACUGUGCCAGGAGCCCCCAGAAUGAGGUGACCUACAGCACUCUGGUCUUCCAGCGGGGCCGGACACCACUGGCUGUGUGAUGAAGAAGUUCUGAGUGAAAUAAAAAUGCUCCCACUUUCUGGACAUCAGAAGCCACCAGGAUGUUACACCAAGGCCUGCUCUGGGAGUGCCCCCAUGCCCUCCGUAACACAGCUCUUUUUGUAAUUAUGACAGGAAAUUGUCUCCUGUUCCAAACUGGCUGCCAAUGGCUGUGGGCAAUUUGAGGUUUUCUAUACAGGAUUUCCUCAUUUGUAGAGAUCUCCAUGCCCUUGUAAAGUUUCCGUUUGUGAGAACUACCAGAGAGAAUUGAGAAAUGAAAAUGUUUUUCUGCAUCUAUCCACGUAUGUUUCCCUUUUCUGUCACCAACUCUAGCAUUUUCUGGUUUGUUUUUUUUUUAUUGCCAAGUGCUCUGCUUAGUUAUUUUCUGUUAUUGACGUAAUGAUAAUGAAAUGUUUGUAUGCAAAUCUCUGCUUUCAGGUUGGGUCCCGUAAAAGAAAUGCACAAUCACAGUGUGACAGUCAAAACCUCUGGAAAUGCUCAUUCACGCGUUAUUACCCAGAGUGUUCUAAAUACACUGUAAAAAAGUUAAAA